ACACUCUUUCUUAUAUUCCAAAGAUACUCUCUCACAAUAUUUCAUUUUUGUCUUAAAACUUUACUCUAAAAUUUGAGAUUGAAUUUUUGAAAACCAAAAAAGGAAUCGGAUUGUUGAAAUCAGAGGCAGGCAGCUCUCGAUCUCUUACACGAUACAAAUCUAAACAUGGAAGAAGCCACCCAAGUUUCAGAUGUGCCAAUAAUGAAGGGUGAUAGUGAGGAUAAAGCUGAGCCCAUCAAGGCAACAAACGGAGAGUUGGCAGAGGUAGAAAAAGGAGAGACUGAUGGAGAAUUCAUAAAGGUAGAGAAGGAAUUGGUUAAUGCGAAUGAAGCAACUGCAGAGGUGUCGACGAUUGAAGGAAGUUUAAGCAGGGAGUUACUGGAAGCUCAAGAGAAUGCCAAGGAAUUGGAACUCGAAUUAACAAGAGUAGCUGAAUCCUUAAAGCUGUCCGAGUCUGAGAAUGCCAAGGUGCGGGAAGAGGUAUUGCUUGUAAAGGAGAAGCUGGAGGGAAGUGAAAAGAAGUAUGAGGAGCUUCAAGUAACUAACAAGAAAUUGCAAGAGCAGAUAAUUGAAGCCGAGGAGAAAUACAGUUUGCAGCUCAACUCUUUGCAAGAAGCUCUGCAGGUGCAAGAAACGAAGCACAAGGAAUUGAUGCAAGUGAAGGAGUCAUUCGAUGGCCUCAGCCUUGAUCUUGACAGCUCCAAAAAGAAGAUGCAAGAGUUGGAACAGGAACUGCAGGUUUCUGCAGCUGAGGCCAAGAGAUUUGAGGAGUUGCACAAAGAAAGCGGUUCUCAUGCUGAUUCUGCGACACAAAGAGCUUCGGAAUUCGAGAGGCUGCUUGAGGAGGCAAAAGUAACUGCAAACGAAAUGGAAAAUCAGAUGACUACUCUUCAAAAGGAAGUUCAGAGCCUCUAUGAGAAGAUUGCCGAAAACCAGAAGGUCGAAGAAGCCCUUCAAAACGCUACCACACAACUUUCAGCUGUUACGGAAGAAUUGGCACUUUCAAAAUCACAACUGCUGGACAUGGAAGAAAGAGUUUCUUCAAAGGAGGCUCUUGUAACUGAAUUAACACAAGAUUUGGAAUUGAAAAGGGUUUCGGAAACUCAGAUGAAGGAAGAUUUCUUGUCCUUGGAGAGCUUGGUCAGUGCCACCAAAGAAGAUCUUCAGGAAAAGGUUUCUCAGUUGGAAGCCAUAAAAUUGAAGCUGAAGGAGGAAGUUGAUGCAAGGGAAUCCGCUGAAGCCAAGAUUCAAAACAAGGAAGCAGAGGUGUCAACUUUAAAUGACGAAUUGGCUAAAGUAGUGAAAGAAAAAGAAGCUCUUGAAGCAACUGUAACCAAUCUUACUAGUAAUGCAGCACAAAUGAAAGAAUUAUGCAGUGACGUUGAGAACAAGUUGAAAGUUUCAGAUGAGAAUUUCUUGAAAACGGAUUCGCUUUUGUCUCAAGCUUUAUCAAACAAUGCAGAGCUUGAACAAAAAUUGAAAUCUCUGGAAGAGCUUCACAGCGAGUCAGGAAUUGCUGUAGCAUCAGCUACUCAAAAGAAUUUGGACCUUGAGGAUUUAAUUAAAGCUUCAAAUGAGGCAGCAGAAAAUGCAAAAUCCCAACUGAGAGAAUUUGAGACACGUUCUAUUGCAAUAGAGCAGAAGAAUGUGGAGCUUGAGCAACAACUGAAUUUAGUUGAACUGAAAUGCAGUGAUGCUGAGAGAGAAGCAAACGAAUUCUCUGUGAAAGUAUCUGAACUAAGUAAUGCAUUAAAAGAUUUGGAGGAAGAAAAGAAACAGUUGAGCGAUCAGAUACAGGAAUACCAGGUCAAGAUAACCAACCUUGAAUCUUCUCUAAAUCAGUCAUCAUCGAAAACUGCAGAGCUUGAGGAGGAGUUAAGAAUUGCUACUGAGAAGUCUGCUGAACAUGAGGACCGAGCAAAUAUGAGCCAUCAGCGCGGCCUUGAACUUGAAGAUCUGUUCCAGAUGUCUCAUUCAAAAGUAGAGGACGCUAGCAAAAAGGUCAAUGAACUAGAGCUGUUACUUGAAGCAGAGAAGUACAGGAUUCAGGAACUAGAAGAGCAGAUCAGCACAUUAGAAAAAAAAUCUGUGGAUGCAGAAGCAGAGUCCAACAAAUACUUCAACAAGGCAUCUGAACUUUCAUCGGAGCUUGAAGCAUUCCAAGCAAAAGCAUCAUGCCUUGAAAUUGCAAUGCAAGCAGCCAGUGAAAAGGAGCGAGAUCUGACAGAAUGCCUUAAUUCAGUAACUACCGAAAAGAAAAUCUUAGAAGAUGCUUCAAGCAGUACCACUGAGAAGCUGUCUGAAGCCGAGAAUCUUGUGGAAGUCUUGCGCAAUGAGUUGAAUGUGAUGCAAGAGAAGUUGGAGUCCAUUGAAAAAGAUCUAUCAGCUGCUGGAUUGAGAGAAAGCGAUGUGAUGUUGAAGCUCAAGUCUACCGAGGAGCAACUGGAGCAACAAGUGAAGCUAUUAGAGGAAGCUACUGUGAGAAAAUCAGAGCUUGAAACAUUGCAUGAAUCUUUAGCUAGAGAUUCAGAACUCAAACUUCAAGAAACUUUAGCAAACUUCACCAACAAAGACUCUGAGGCAAAAUUGCUGGUUGACAAACUGAUGACUCUCCAAGACCAAGUGAAGUCAUAUGAAGACCAGGUAUCAGAAGCAGCUGGAAAAUCUGCAACUUUGAAGGAAGAAUUAGAUUUGUGUUUGCUAAAAGUGGCUUCUGUGGAAACCGCAAAUGAAGAACUUGGAAAGCAGAUUUUGGAAGCAGAAAAUAAGGCUUCUAACUCUCAAGCAGAGAAUGAACUCUUAAUCGAGAGAAACAAUCAACUCAGAAGCAAGGUCGAUGAACUUCAGGAUUUGCUGAAUUCUGAAGUUUCUCAGAAGGAGGCCUCAGCUGAACAACUUGCUUCUCACGUAAGCACUAUCUCAGAAAUAUCAGAUAAGCACUCGAGGGCUUUAGAACUCCAUUCUUCAACUGAAGCCCGGCUGUUACAAGUAGAAGAGGAGCUAAAAGAGGCCAUUGAGAGAUUGGCUCAGAGGGAAUCUGAAACAAAAGAUUUGAACGACAAGCUCAAUGCACAUGAAAGCCAAAUAAAAUUACAUGGAGAGCAAACUCGUGAAGUAUCUUCCAUAGCUGAAACCCGAAAACUUGAGUUGGAAGAGGCUCACAUAAAAUUAAAACAAUUGGAAAGUAUUGUUGAGGAAUUGCAAACCAAGUCUAGCCACUUUGAGAAGGAGAAUGAAGGACUAGCUGAGGUAAAUUUGAAGCUCACACAAGAACUGGCCUCCAACGAGUCAAAACUGAGUGGUUUAGAGGCAAAACUGUCUGCAACCCAUUCUGAGAAGGAUGAAACAGUAGAACAGCUUCACACUUCAAACAAAGCUAUUGAAGAUUUGACCCAGCAGCUCACUGAUGAAGGGAAAAGACUGCAGUCUCAGCUAUCUUCUGCUGUGGAAGAGAAAAACCUGCUUAAUGACUCAUAUCAAAACUCCAAGAAGGAACUCCAAUCUGUGAUCGUCCAGCUUGAAGAGCAACUGAAAGAGCAGAAGGCAAGCGAUGAUAUCCUAAAAUCCGAGAUUAAAAAUCUAAAGGCUGCUAUGGAUGAGAAAUCCGUAUUGCAAUCCCAUCUCCAGGAACUUGAGGGAAAAUUGGCAACAGCUGAAGCUCGACUGAAAGAAGAGGAAGAAGCAGAUGCUAAAAAGGAAGCAGCCCUGAAGAAAUCCAUUGAAGAGCUUGAAGCCAAGAAAAAAGAAACCAUACUUCUAGUUAACCAAGUGAAGGAGCUUGAGCAGAAACUAGAACUGGCUGAUGCAAAGUUGUUGAAAAAGGUGAGUUCAUGCACUCCAUUAUUCAUUAUGGGGCCCCCAAGACUGCAUAAAUAUAUAACCAAGUUUGACAUAAUCUCACUGAAAUUUGUGCAGGUUGAUGAUGUGAAGGACGGCACAGAAAUAAAAUCAAGAGACAUCGGAGAAACAUUUACAACUCCGACGAAGAGGAAGAGUAAGAAAAAGGCGGUGGAGGCUGCAUCUGCUUCUGCUUCUACUACUGCAGUUGCAGAGGCUUCUCCUGCAUUGCACUUCAAGUUUAUUUUGGGGGUGGCCCUUGUUUCUGUCAUCCUUGGCAUCAUUCUGGGAAAACGUUAUUAGUUUUCAUGUUUUCUUAUUUUGGUUUGCCUAUUCUAUUUCUUUUCAUUCUUUUUUUUUCUGGGCUUAUCAUCAAUUCCUUGUGUAGUGUGAGUUUUUGCACAGCAGAUUGGAAGUUUUGUUUCAACACUUUCUAGUUAGGUUCUUGAUUUUGGUCAAGUACUUUGUUUAUCAGUAUUAUCAAUUACUUGAAUACAAAGAUAAAAGAGUGUUUGAUA